AUGACACAAGGGCUGUCACCAGGCGCUUUGCCUGAGCCUGAAGCCCUGCCCCCAAAGCAGGAAGAAUGGCAAGAGAAUCUCAAUGUUACCUUGAUCUGCCCAGACUGUCGAGAAAGUCCACCAGAGUUACGUGAAGACCACGCGAGCGGCGAUCUCAUCUGUGCUAGCUGUGGCUUGGUCUUGCAGGAGCGUGGGAUUGACACCACUUCUGAAUGGCGUACCUUUGCCAACGAUGAUCAAGGCAAUGACGACCCCUCCCGUGUCGGAGAUGGUCCCAAUCAGCUUCUGAAUGGAGGUCAAUUGAACACCAACAUUCAAUUCACAGACGGUAGCGCUCGAAGCAAGGAACUCAAUCGUGCACAGAACAAAGCCAACCUGGACAAGGGCAACAAGCAUCUCUUGCUUGCGUACAAACAAAUCGGUGCUCUCGCCGACAAUUGGCAACUCCCCAACGCCGUCGCUGACACGUGCAAGCAUAUUUUCAAGGAAGCCGAAGAGAGUCGAAUCUUCAAGGGCAAGAGUCAAGAAGCCCUCAUCGCAGGGUGUUUGUUCCUAGCUUGUCGCCGGAAUGAAGUCCCGCGAACCUUUCGUGAGGUCAUGGACCUGACCAGAGUGUCGAAGAAGGAAAUUGGGAAGGUUUUCAAACUCCUCGAGAAUUUCCUGAUGGCAAAAGAUAAACAGAAGGCUGGCACAACUUCCAUGGUUGCGGGUGGUGUCACAGUGUUCAACGACACUUACAAGGGCAGCUCUACAUCCGAUCCUGCCGAUCUCUGUUCGCGUUACUGCAGUAUGUUGAACAUGGACAACCGGACGACCAAUGUUGCCAUUGCACUAGCGACCAAUAUGACGAAGCUGGGCCUCCUCGCUGGACGCUCUCCGCUUUCAGCCGCAGGUGCCUGCAUUUACAUGGCCGGCUUCCUGAUGGACCAGCCUAAAUCGCCCAAAGAGAUUCAGAAUGUUGCACACGUCAGCGACGGUACAGUACGAGCCUCAUAUCGUCUGCUGUAUGCCGAUGCGAGCAGAAUCAUCACUGAGGAUAUUCUCAACCGCGGAGCCGAUCCCUCGAAGCUGCUCAAGCCGUCUUAA